GUGGCUGGUGCUGGUGCAGCCCUCUGGGCAGCAGGCUCUCCCACGCGGGAGGUGCCACACAGAUCGCGGUGCGCUUGAUCUGAAGAGGAAACUAGGGAGCCGGUGGCAGAGCUGGGGUGAUGGGAGGCUUGGCAGCGAAGUUUCUCCUUGGACCAAGAUGACUGAUGGAAACCUUUCCAGCUCUACAAAUGGCGUGGCCUUGAUGGGCAUCCUGGAUGGUCGGCCAGGAAACCACAUUCAGAGCCUGCAACACUUGAAUCUCAAGGCGCCCAGAUCCCUCUCGCUGCCGGAGUAUGGGCCCAAGCUGAAACACGGGGCUCUAGACCAGCACAGCCUACAGUCUGUGGACUCGGGCAUUCCUACCCUAGAGAUCGGCAACCCAGAGCCCGUCCCCUGCAGCGUGGUCCAUGUGAAGAGGAAACAGUCUGAGUCGGAGAUAGUCCCUGAGCGGGCCUGCCAGAGCGCAUGCCCGCUGCCGUCCUACGCGCCACCAGCUCCCACCAGCGCCGAGCGGGAGCAGAGUGUGCGCAAGUCCUCCACGUUCCCCAGGACGGGCUAUGACUCGGUGAAGCUCUACAGCCCCACCUCCAAAGCCCUGAACCGCAGUGAUGAUGUCUCCGUCUGCAGCGUGUCCAGUCUCGGCACAGAGCUGUCCACCACCCUGUCCGUCAGUAAUGAGGACAUCCUGGACCUCAUGGUCACGAGCAGCUCCAGUGCCAUCGUGACCCUGGAGAAUGACGAUGACCCGCAGUUUACUGAUGUCACCUUGAGCUCCAUCAAGGAAACCCAUGACCUACACCAGCAGGACUGUGUUGAUGAAAUUGCAGAGGGAAGUAAAUUGAAAAAAUUGGGACCAUUUAGUAACUUCUUUACAAGGAACUUGCUUACUAGAAAACAAAAUGCAAGACUUGACAAACAAAAUGACUUGGGAUGGAAGUUAUUUGGAAAAAUACCACUCGGAGAGAAUGCUCAGAAAGAGUCAAAGAAAGUCCAAAAGGAAUAUGAAGACCAGGCUGGACGAGCUAGCAGGCCCCCCUCCCCAAAGCAGAAUGUGAGGAAGAAUCUGGACUUCGAGCCGCUUUCCACCACCGCGCUCAUCCUGGAGGACAGACCAGCAAAUCUCCCGGCGAAGCCAGCUGAAGAAGCUCAGAAGCACAGGCAGCAGUAUGAAGAAAUGGUGGUCCAGGCCAAAAAGCGAGAGCUGAAGGAAGCCCAGCGAAGGAAGAAGCAGCUGGAAGAAAGAUGCCGGCAGGAAGAAAGCAUCGGGAAUGCGGUCCUGACGUGGAACAAUGAGAUUUUGCCGAACUGGGAAACCAUGUGGUGCUCUAGAAAAGUCCGGGACCUGUGGUGGCAGGGGAUCCCUCCCAGUGUGAGAGGCAAAGUCUGGAGCUUAGCCAUUGGCAACGAGUUAAACAUCACCCACGAGCUCUUCCACAUCUGCCUCGCCCGGGCCAAGGAGAGGUGGCGGUGCUUCAGCGCGGGCGGCCCCGACGUGGACAGUGAAGAUGCCGGGUUCUCAGCAGCCGACAGAGAAGCCAGUCUGGAGCUGAUUAAACUGGACAUUUCUAGAACAUUCCCUAACCUCUGCAUUUUCCAGCAGGGCGGCCCGUAUCAUGACAUGUUGCACAGUGUGUUGGGCGCUUAUACUUGUUACCGACCAGAUGUGGGCUAUGUGCAGGGCAUGUCCUUCAUCGCGGCCGUGCUGAUCCUGAACUUAGACACUGCCGAUGCCUUCAUUGCGUUUUCUAAUCUUCUGAAUAAACCCUGUCAGAUGGCGUUUUUCCGAGUGGACCACGGCCUUAUGUUGACUUAUUUUGCCGCAUUUGAGGUAUUCUUUGAAGAAAAUUUGCCGAAAUUAUUUACUCAUUUCAAGAAAAACAGCUUAACUCCAGACAUCUACCUAAUCGAUUGGAUCUUUACCUUGUACAGUAAGUCUCUGCCCCUCGACCUGGCCUGCCGCAUCUGGGACGUGUUCUGCCGAGAUGGGGAGGAGUUCCUGUUCCGCACGGCCCUGGGCAUCCUGAGGCUGUUCGAGGACAUCCUGACCAGGAUGGACUUCAUCCACGUCGCCCAGUUCCUCACCCGGCUGCCCGAGGACCUGCCCGCAGACGAGGUUUUUGCCUCCAUCGCUGCAGUUCAGAUGCAGAGCCGCAACAAGAAGUGGACUCAGGUGCUGACGGCAUUGCAGAGGGACAGCCGGGAGAUGGAGAAAGGAAGCCCGUCGCUCAGACACUGAGGCGGCAGGCGGACUCGCGCUCAGCACCGGAGCAGAGCUGCCAGCGCACCCGUGCUGUUUGGGGCGGACACACUGGCAGCUGAGAACGGGGGCUGUUUUCCUGUUUGGUUCCUGGUACUGCAGUUGGCCUUAAAACUUUUAAAGGAUUAAACCAAGGCUCAGCCUUAAGAAGCUCAGUGGAAUGAUGACCUAGUAUUGACAUGGCAACCACUGCACACUGCAUGGUUUAAAAGUAGGGCGGCGGUUCUCUCCCCUUUUCCAGCAAACAUAAUUAAAUCGCGCUGCUUCUCUGUCACUA